GCGGUAUUCUGUAUCAUUUGGCACGUCAGAACUGCGCGACGACCAAUCUGACUCACUUCUACUCCGACUCCAUGUUCCGUCGAAGGGAUGCCUUUCAUACAAUUCAUUGCUAUGCACCCCGGGCAAUUGAGAUAAUUGCGCUACUGCCGGUUGAGGACAGUGAAGCAGGAAAAUGGAGGAGGGCCGUCACUUGCUAUCUGUGCCUGAGGCUUAAAGAUUCGGCCGCUGCCGCAAACCUCGAAUUCGAAGUCUUGGCGCACACACAAGUUUGAAGCCUCACAGAGUGCACUUACACACGAACAACGCCGAGUAGCGAUCAUCACCACAACACACGACAAAAUGUCCAGCCGACCUGUCGUUACCAUCCACGGCGCCGAUGGCGCUGCUGGCAAGGACACUCUCACCCUUCCCAAUGUCUUCAAGGCCCCCAUUCGCCCGGACAUCGUCCAAUCUGUCCACACCGGAAUGGCCAAGAACAAGCGUCAGCCAUACUCCGUGAGCGAGAAGGCCGGUCACCAAACGAGCGCUGAGUCCUGGGGUACCGGACGUGCUGUUGCCCGUAUCCCUCGUGUCUCUGGUGGUGGUACUCACCGAGCUGGUCAGGCUGCCUUCGGUAACAUGUGCCGUUCCGGUCGCAUGUUCGCCCCCACCAAGGUCUGGCGCAAGUGGCACCAGAAGGUCAACCUUGGCCAGAAGCGAUUCGCAACCGCUUCUGCCAUCGCUGCCUCAUCCAGCGCUGCUCUCCUGCUCGCCCGUGGACACCACGUCGCCACCAUCCCCGAGGUCCCGCUCGUUGUCUCAUCCGCUGCCUUUGCUGAGGGUGCCAUCAAGAAGACCUCUGCUGCGGUCGCCCUUCUCUCAGCUGUCGGCGCUGGCCCUGAGCUCGAGAAGGUCCGCGCAUCACGCAAGCUCCGCGCCGGCAAGGGCAAGCUCCGAAACCGACGACACAGGCAGCGUCGCGGUCCUCUCGUUGUCUACGACCCCGAGAAGGACGGCAAGGACCUCGUCCGCGCUUUCCGCAACAUUGCAGGUGUCGAGACCAGCUCUGUCUACGCCCUGAACCUCCUUCAACUCGCUCCUGGUGGCCACCUCGGUCGCUUCGUCAUCUGGUCCUCUUCUGCCUUCUCAGCCCUGGACUCCAUCUACGGCAGCACCACCGAGCCCUCAGAACUCAAGCGCGACUACCUCCUCCCCUCCAACAUCGUCACCCAGCCCGACAUCUCCAAGCUCAUCAACAGCUCAGAAGUCCAGUCUGUCCUCCGACCUGUCAAGGGCGGUGCCAUCACCAAGCGCACCGUUGUCCAAAAGAAGAACCCGCUCAACAACCGACAAGUCCUCCUCCGCCUCAACCCCUACGCGGCCGCGUACACCAAGCAAGGUCUUGGUCACGUCAAGGCCGACGUCGAUGUCAAGCCGAAGGAUGCGUCGUUCAAGGCGACUCUUCACGAGAACUGAGCAAUUCCGUUUUGUUGGUUCGGGUCGGGGCAUAGCAGUGGUUAGGCGUUUCUUAAAUAGUGAUGACAUUUGAAAGUCGUCCGAAUGACAACCCUUCUUAACUUAUGGCUUCAUUUUUACUGUGUGCAAACAUUCGCCCCUGGGCAGUCAAUGAUCAUUCUUCCUCGUAAGUUGUGUACAACACAUGGUGUGACGCAAUUAGGCUUAUGCCCGAACUGCAAGAUAAAGGGU